GGCUUUCGACCGACAAUGCCCAUCGCUGUCCCCACACAAAAACCACCAGCUUCUACCUCGGGCCCAGCACCAACCUCAACAGCAGCGCCAGUACAGUUUCCGCGCAACCCAGCGCGUUUAGCUGUGGCCGCCCGCGACACCCCAUCCGGCCCAAGCUCUCGCCCAGUAUCCAGCCCUCGCCGUGUAUCUCAGCCCACCCCUGUUCCGGCUGACGCUUCUACCUCUCAGAUCGGAGAACCUAUAGAAGCAGCUCUGAGAGAAGAUGCAGAGACGCUCAAGAGGGCGAGAGUGAGAAAGGCGCAGUUGCAGAGAAAGGUCGAGAGGUGGAUGGACCUUCUAAGUGAAGAUACUGUCGAGAGAGAGGCGUUCAAGAAGGCUGCGGCGCAUUUGACCCCACCGCAAUACCACGAAAUCCUCCAUGAACGUCAUCUCAACUCUCUCUGCUCUUAUCCUCUUUGUCUAAAUCCUCCAACGGCUCCAUACUCAUCCCGCCGGAAAUUCAUCAUCUCCACCUCGAAAAGAAGCAUCGACCCUGCAUCGGGCAAUGAGCACGAGGGGUUUUGUGGAAAAAAGUGUACGGCGAGAAGCAAGUGGAUGGAGAGGCAGCUGAGAGGGGAGGCGGUAUGGUUGCGGGAUCUGAAGGGCUUGGACGGAGAAGGAGGCGGUGUGGAGUUGCUGGAAGAGGUGGAAGAGCGAGGAGAAGUGCCGUCGCUUGAUGAUGUCGUUGGGAGGAGAGGGUCAGAAGUGAGCGCAAAUGCUGAAGAAACGGCGCCAGCGCCUGCAGCUCUUCGCCCACAGCAAGUUAUCGCCCCUGCCAAACAACCCCUUCCUGCCGAUGCGGCGCAGGUAAAACCGGGUAUGAGCGCAGUUACGGCAUUGAUCGAUUCGUUGGUGAUCCACGAACGACCUGUCUCUGCGCCUGAUGCGCCGCAAACGGCAAAACAGGUGCCGGUGGCGCAGCCAUUACCUCUGCCUCUACCGCUGCCUACUCUUGUAAAGUCCAGCCGGGCGCUGAACGCCAGGGAACAGAGGAGAGAUCAAGCAUCCCUGACCACUCCCUCUGCCACCUUGACCCGAUCAGUCCUCUCUGCGGCUCAGUCUGUCUCUUCGUCCCUUCCAGCCGCUUCUGGCGGUGCCGACUCUUCAAACUCUUCUACACCUGGCGGCAAGAAUAGCAAUAGAGGCGGGCCGGGACAAGAGAGUGAAGAAGAGGAGAGCGAUGAGGAGAGUGACUGGGAGAAGGAGAUGAAAUUCGGGCCGGAGGAUGACGAGAUGAGGGCAUUGUUUGAGGAGGCGGAGAAGGCUAGGGAGAUGGCUCUCGUUGAGGUGGAGGAUGCCAAGGAGGAGGCUGAGUGAGGGGACAGCUGAAGAUGCAUAUCGUUAUAUACGCGGUGCCCUUGCUCCCCAAACGAGAGUCAAUCAAGGGAUGCGAAAUGGCGAGAACACUGCACUGUGCUAUCCCUCGCAACUUCGGCCAAGUAUGGUUGGAUCAGUAUGGUCGUUUCCUGGCGUCGCAGAGUGCAGGAGUGGCAUUGUCGCCGCCACCCAGAACGCGUCGCAGGUGUUCGACGAGUUCCCGCGCUACCAGGUUCAGAAUUGUAGCGCUGCAGUCGUUUUGGGACAGGAAUGGGGGUGCGGGCUUGCCAUAGCCACUAUUGAGGCUUACUUGUUCCAUGUUGCUGUGGACAAUUGGGAUAAUCCCCUUUGGAAGGUCCUCGAUGUGCCUCUAUGUGGCUGUCCGGGCGAAUUCAAUGGACUCUGUGGCACAGGUAGUGGUCAAAUGACAUCGCACGAUCGCGGAAGGUAGCCCCGGAUGGGACGAGACCAAGCACGGGAAGAGCUUUUGGACCAUCACUCAUAUUUCUUUUCUCAUAUCAAUGCUUCUACUUUGCUUGAUCCUCUGCAAUGGAACAGAAACGCCUGGAUUCAAGUGGGUCCGAGGUACACCCACGCCCUCAUCUCCUGCCGGCUCGAGAGAUAUCACAUCAAGCGCGGGCAGAGGUUUCUGACUGCCCCCGAAACGGGGCAGUAGAUUGUCAGGCAUGCAACUGUAAGCAGAUAAUGUCAAUUGUCAGGGGCUGAACUGAUAGGCUUCUAUCUCUCAGGUGUGUAUGAGUAGCGUUUCCGACGGAAGGUAGAGUACGAGUACGAGUACGAGUACUUGUACAGUAUGGCCAUGGAGAUUGCGGAGUUGCACGAUCAUUUGUGCAGAAAUGAGAGUGAUGGAUCUAUCUACAUGUCUUUUCAUCA